AGGCGUCGAAAAGUAGGUAGUUUGCAUUUUGAUUUCACCUAUAUUUAUUAAAUAUUGUGAUAAAAUUGAUCCCUAGUGAAGCACAUAAUUCAUAUUUGAUUAAUAAAGAAUGUAAGUAACUGAGUAAUUAUCUAAUAACCUAGAAAAUAAGCCUUUAACGUCUAAAUCCGCUAUCAAGUGCUGGUGUUAAUGUCUGCUUUAUUUUUGUUGAUCAUAAAAAAAUGUUGCUCUGGAUAAAAACCCAGUACUAGGAAAUGUGCAGACUAGUAUCGUUCUCAUAACAGAUGCGUAUUGAAUAAGUUCACACGCGUUAAGUGAUCUAGUAUUUAUGACACCAACUAUGGCUACAGAUUAUCAAUAUUAUGUGACUCAUUUUAAUAACUAUUUCAACAUGGAUGCUGAUGAGGGGGAAUCUUCAAGUAGUGGACCAAUUUCAACAUUGAACAGCUUAUUUUCAUUUACCAGUCCUGCCGUGAAGAAACUUUUAGGAUGGAAACAAGGUGACGAGGAAGAAACCUGGGCUGAAAAAGCAGUUGACACACUAGUUAAAAAGUUGAAAAAGAGCAAAGGGGCUAUUGAGGAGCUUGAAAAGGCACUAUCAUGCCCUGGAACACCUAGCAAAUGUGUAACCAUUCCAAGAAGUUUAGAUGGCAGGUUACAGGUAUCACACAGAAAGGGGUUGCCCCAUGUAAUAUACUGCAGAGUUUGGCGAUGGCCAGAUUUACAAAGCCAUCAUGAACUGAAACCAUUGGAAAGUUGCCAGUUUCCAUUUUCUGCUAAACAAAAGGAGGUUUGCAUAAAUCCCUAUCAUUACAAAAGAGUAGAAAGUCCAGUAUUACCACCAGUACUUGUGCCAAGACAUAAUGACUUUGUACCGGGUCAUUCUCUACUUCCGUUUCAACAACUUGCAGAGCCCAAUAUGCCACAUAAUGUUAGAUACUCAUCAAAUGGAUUUAAUGCCUCUCCAUUAAAUCCAGGCUCUCCUCUAUCAAGUGUUGCUAGCCCAGGGAGUGUUACAUCUAACAAUCCACAAUCACCAUAUGCAAAUCUGGCAGAGACUCCUCCACCUGCUUAUAGCCCUACUGAUGACAACAACACAAAUACAAAUAAUAAUGUAAGCCCAGAAUCACCAUUAACAGCAGAUGUUCAGCCUGUUACAUACCAAGAACAACCAUAUUGGGCUUCUAUAGCCUAUUAUGAGCUCAAUUGUAGGGUAGGAGAAGUUUUUCGGUGCCAUUCAACAUCUGUUAUAGUAGAUGGAUUUACAAAUCCAAGCAACAACAGUGACCGUUUCUGCUUGGGACAAUUAAGUAAUGUUAAUAGAAACUCUACUAUAGAAAACACCAGACGGCACAUUGGCCAUGGUGUCCAUCUGUAUUAUGUAAACGGUGAGGUCUAUGCUGAGUGCCUCUCUGAUUCCGCUAUAUUUGUGCAAUCCCGUAAUUGUAAUCAUCAUCAUGGUUUCCAUCCAUCUACUGUAUGCAAAAUACCAGCUGGUUGUUCCUUAAGAAUAUUUAAUAAUGCUGAAUUUGCACAGCUACUUUCUCAGUGUGUAAAUCAUGGUUUUGAAGCUGUAUAUGAACUUACAAAAAUGUGCACAAUACGGAUGAGUUUUGUAAAAGGGUGGGGAGCAGAAUACCAUCGACAAGAUGUAACUAGCACUCCAUGUUGGAUAGAAGUACAUUUAAGUGGGCCUCUUCAAUGGCUGGAUAAAGUUUUGACACAGAUGGGUGCUCCACACAAUGCAAUCAGCUCUGUAUCUUAAGAUUGUGAUUAUGUGAAAAAUCUAUUUGUCCAAAAAAUGCAAAUGAAGAUAAAAACUGAAAAAACUUCUUGUGGAUUAGUAAAAUAUAUCUGCAAAUUGCUCAAAUUAGAAUGAGAGAAAGAAAAAUAUAAAUUAAUUGAAAUCCUAUAAAUAUUCCUUAUAUAUUUGAAAGAAAUUAUAUAAAAAAGUCUGAUUUGGAUUAAGACAAAAGAAAUGAAUUUUCUAAAAUCAAAAUAAGCACAUUAAAUAACAAAUUUAGAAGAAAAUUGUUCUCUUUGUAAGGUAUUGUUUUGUGAAUAUUAAUUGAAUGUACUUUAUUUAUUGAUUUUAAUGAGUCAGUAAAUCUACUCUACUCUCCCUUUUUAUAAAUUUGAAACUUCUUAAACAGUUGGAAAUUCUCUCUUCCUGUAUAUAUAAAUACCAAUUUAAACUGCAUCAAUUUCUUUUCUUUUAGUCUACAACAGAUAUAUCAAGCUUUCAUUCCUCGUAAACCACAUUCAAAAUUUUACUGGUUUUCAACAGGAGUUGAGAGAACUCUUUAUUUAAAAAUAAUUAUUUCAUGUGCUUAUAUAAACUUUAAAAUAGAAUCUGACUAGAUAUGUAUAAUAAACUACAUACUUUAUAAUCUAGUUAAUUGACAUUUACUAAGCUUUCUAUCCUUGAUGAACUGCGUCACAAAAUUGAAGCAUUAUUACAACAAUUACAUUUCAAUUUUUUCAAAUGGACGCCUUUGGGCCGAAAGGAUUGUUUAAAAUAGCUUGAUAAAACAAAUAAUACCAAAUUUUCAAUUAUGAAUUUUGAAAAAUAUGUGAUGUUUCAAUUUUUAAAUCAAUAACUCAAAAGUGUUGAAUGAGAAUUGAGGUCAGGACUUUUUAAACGUGUUCUUAACCAUUUUAACUCACAUCUACCAAAGUACAAAGAAAAUUGACGAUAAAUAUCAUAAAAUUAUAUUUUAUGGAAUUUUGUCAACUUAUAAUUCUGUAUAAAUUGCGAAAAAUUCAGUUGUUUAUAUACUCAACUAAACCUUUCGCAAUUUUAUAAAAUAUGUAUUAAUUUUAUGGCGCAGUGUAUAUCAAAAACUGAUUAAUAUUGUAUAUGGAACAUGCUAUUUGAUAAUUGUAGGAAAAUGAACUGUAAUGGUGAAUUUUUUUAAAUUCCAAUAUACUAAUGUACGGGAAGUUUUUGAGUAAUUUAGUUGAUUCUAUGUUACUAGUGAUCUCUAUAAUUUUAGUAGGUACGUACUAGAUACAUACCCUUUAAAACAAAUGGUGAAGUUUCUUUUUUUUUUGGUAUAUAAAACGUUUGUUAUGAAAAAAAAUACAUAAAUUAUUUAAAUUCAGAUAAUAUGUUGCUACUUGCUGUCAAUAUACAGCAAUAUGAUUUGAUAACAAACUAUCCACAUAUUGCCUUCUUGCUAACACAUUUUAUACAAUAAAAUAAAUCUUGAUUAUGUUUUGAAAAGUACCCUUAUCAUAAGACAUCCUUUUUUUUAUAUAAAAUGUUGUGAGAAAUAUAAUAUUAAUAGUU